AUGGCUGAUGAAUAUUUCUCAAAUUCCUCUAAACUUACUAAGAAGAAGGAUAUUAUCUCAAAACUAAGGAUUAAUCAAGAUAAUGAUAAUAUUGGGACAGGAAUCAGAGACAAGAAUUUAAUAUAUGAAUUCAAGGAAAUGCUUGGUGAAGGUGCAUUUUGUAAGGUUUUCAAAGCAAUAUAUAAACCCACCUAAGAACUCAUUGCAGUAAAGAUUCAUGAAAUAAAAGGGAAACUCUUUCUAGGCAUGGAACUAGUAAAGGAUGGUAGACUUACUGAUAUAAUCAGAGAGAAACAAGAAAAUAAUAUGAAAUUUACUGAUAAUGAAGCAAGUGCAUUGAUGAGAGGGAUUCUUAGAGCUGUUUCUUAUAUGCAUGAGCAGAACAUUGUGCAUCGAGAUCUUAAGCCAGGUAAUUCUUAUACAAAUUUGAAUUAUCUAGAUAAUAUCCUAAUACAAAACAAAUCAGAUAUGAGUACUUGCAAAGUUUGUGAUUUCGGUCUCAGUGCGAAGUAUUAAUUCAGUUCUGGAUCAAUGGAUGUACAUUGUGGCACCUUAAUAUAUAUGGCGCCUGAAGUUGCUCUGAAUUAAGUUUACACAAAAUGUGUGGAUGUAUGGUCGAUUGGCAUCAUGAUGCAUGUUAUAUUAACUGGAGGAAAGCAUCCUCUAUUUAAUGAAGAAUAUGACACAUGCGAUUCUUAUAAACGCAAGCUUAAGGACUUAGAUAGUCUAGAAGCACCAAAUGAUUUCUCGUGGCUCGCUAAAAAUCUAUUUUAAAGGCUAACAAAAAUUUAGUCUCAUUAAAGAUAUACCGCUAAGGAGGCAUUACAGCAUCCUUGGAUCACAAGAAAGAAUGAAGCUAAUAUACCGAUCAGACUUGUCGAGCAUAUACAUAACUUUGAGUAUGAGCAGGUUUUGAAGAAGAAAAUGGUACUACUCUUCUUCAUGUCAAUGAUUAAUCAAUAGAAUCAAAGUAAAAGGUAUGAAAGGUCGAAUGUUGAGAGUGAAGAAGACAUGAAGUUCUACAAAUAAAAGUGUUUGAAGGUUAGCAAAAAGAUCGAUAGUUGGCAUCAAUAAAUGAGCCUUAAAAAGCAAGGUACUUUCAAGGACGAUGAAGAUUUUAUUACAUUAGGUAAUAGCCCCAGUAGAUUCUGCUCAAGUGAUGAAGAAGCGUCUGUUGAUACCUAAGUUGAGUAAAUUCAACUCAACAUCACUAAUCUCACUGGAGUGGAUUCAAGCAAGAAAAGUGAUAAUUUUUAAAACAGGAUAUCAAACUUCACUUUUACUAAUAAUGGAAGAAGUAUCAGUCCGACUAUUGUGCAGGCCACCCCAGAAAAAAUGUCUACUAAAAAGGCUAAGGCCUAGUAGUUUACUUACAUGAAGUAUCAGAGUUAAUAAAGAAAAGAAUAGAAGACUGGUAGAAAGUUUAAAGAUCAGAAGUCGCAUGAAGAUGAUGAUUCACAUUUAUUUACAGAAGUAAUAGAGAGUCCUAAGAAAUAGAUCUAACUUAUGACGUAAUCUUUGAUUAAUCCCACAUCAGAGAGGAGCUUUAUAUAGAAGCAACAUGACAAGGAUCUCACCAGUAAAGGUGAGCGAGGAUAAGAUCCAUCUCAAUCUUAGAAACUGAAUCAUUCUCAAUUAUCGAACGUAAACAGAAGUUUAAACUAGAGAAGAAAACUAUCAUCAUUUAAAACAAAUUUUCCAACUUAAGAUACUUAUGAAGAUGAGAUUGAAGAUUAAAAGCCUUAUUAAAAUAUGCAGAAAACCGCAUCUCCAUUUAGGAAAUAAAGUCGUCGAAAGUCAGAACUAUUUACUAGCAAGAAUUACAUAAAUUAAUCGCUAUUAGAUUAGGUUAAUUAAACCUUUAGUAAUGAAUCCUAAAGAAUAUAAGAUCCAUAGAUCAUUAGUAAAGUAGCAGUUCCCCAGAAUCUUAUAUAGUUCUAAGAUAUUAUCAAUGGCUCUCUCAAAGGUAAUUCCAAGAUGAAAGGAGACUUUAGAUAGAAGAGGAUACUAUCAGAUAUUUAAGAGAAUGAUAUGCCUUUAGAUUCUCAUCAAUAGAGUAACUCUAAGCUGAGAACUCAAAUCUUUAACAUCAAUGAGUACUCUCAUUCAAUUAAACAUUAGUAAUAAGACAGCUAUAAUUAGUCAAGGAAUGUAGACUAAAAUCGUAGAAGCGGCUUAGUUCAUAGUUAUUAAGCACCAAAUCAAAAAUCUAUUAGCACAACAUCAACUAACAUAGUUAGUGCAAUAACUAGCAAGUUCAUCUUUAAGAAAAAUUUUAUUAACAAAAAGUAAGGAAAUUUCGUGUCGCCAACCCAAAAGAGAAAUAAAACAGAAAAUUUAUUGAAAUAGCAAAAGAUAAUAGGAAAGUAAGAAAAUGACUAUGAUUUGCAAGCAAUUUUCCCCUAACCUUAGCAAUCAGCAUUAUAGAACAAAUUUGAGCAAAUAAAGUUGCCUCUUAUUAGUAACUAUGGACCAAGAUAGCUAUUGCCAGAUACUCUCAACUAAAGCUACGUAGAAUACAGUUUUAAUCAAAAUAGCAUUGAUCAAAAGCAGCCUGAGAAAAGAUCAUCUGGCUCUCAGCUCAUCUAGUAGUCAAUGAGUCAUAAAUAGAACAAAGAUUCGAAGCUAUAGGAUAUUAUUGCAAGUUAACUAUUGAAGGAUCUAAAAAGAGAGAACUAAAAUAAUAGUCGAACAAAUAAUCAAUUAGGCUAAGUCCUUAACAUUUCAGGACUUGUGGCUUCAAAGCAGCAAAGUCACACUAUAAGUACUCAAGGAGGAAGUCACACUAAUAGGAAUGGUAGGAGCCAUAUAGUGGAAAACAAUAAUUCUGAGAAAAAUUAAAUCUUAUAGCAAUUCAAUACAAAUGUUCGCUAAUCAAUGGCACUGUAAAGUGAGAUUCAGGAAUUCCAUUUUGUUAAGUAAAAGCUGCAAAAUGAUAUGUACGGCUAAACAUUUGAUGGCUAAAUCAUAGGUGAAUAAAAACCGCUGAUCGCAGAUGAGAAGAUGAAGAAUUAGAAGAAAUAAAACUAAUCUUUCUAUCGCUAAUCUACUAAUAUAACCACUUAGAAUAUGAAUAAAACUUAUCAUCACAAUCAAAUAGUAAGAGACAGUAGUGGAGUGAAUAACUAAAAUUAAACCAGCACUAAUUGGGCUUAAAACAAUAAUGAAAAUUAAAGCGCCAAUUAAGGCAGGAAAAAUAGCAAAACUGAAAGUAGUUAUAGCAUAGGUCCAAGCAACAGUGUAAAUAUAGUUAAAACUACUGGAAUAAAUUAAAAUCAAAUUAGCCAUAUCGUCUCUCAAAUUAAAAGAUCUGCAAUUGGGGGACUCUAAUAAUAACAAUUGUAAAAGCAGCAUUGA